CUCGCCACAACCCAUCCGCAAUCCCCCACCAGUUCUCCCACCUCCCACCGAAACCCCGCACCUUCCAAGCGGCGGCGGCAGCAGCGUCCAUGGCGCCCAAGGCGGAGAAGAAGCCGGCGGCGAAGAAGCCCGCGGAGGAGGAGCCGGCGGCGGAGAAGGCCCCGGUCCCGGCCGGGAAGAAGCCCAAGGCCGAGAAGCGGCUGCCGGCGGGGAAGACCGCCGCCGGCAAGGAGGGCGGCGACAAGAAGGGCAAGAAGAAGGCCAAGAAGAGCGUGGAGACGUACAAGAUCUACAUCUUCAAGGUGCUGAAGCAGGUGCACCCCGACAUCGGCAUCUCCUCCAAGGCCAUGUCCAUCAUGAACUCCUUCAUCAACGACAUCUUCGAGAAGCUCGCCGGCGAGGCCGCCAAGCUGGCGCGCUACAACAAGAAGCCCACCAUCACGUCCCGGGAGAUCCAGACCUCCGUCCGCCUCGUCCUGCCCGGCGAGCUCGCCAAGCACGCCGUGUCAGAGGGCACCAAGGCCGUCACCAAGUUCACCUCCUCCUAGGCUCCUGCCUUCUUCUCUGCGAGUCCCCCUCUUUCCUGGUUCCUCGUGGUGUGAUGAAUUGAUGUUACCCUGUAGUUAGAUUAUGUUCCGACUGUCAUCCUGUAAGAAAUUGCGCACUCAGCACUGUUAAUUGGAUCUGAAGUAACACUGUUCAGCACUGUUAUUCCGUCGGAAAUAUCUGAAGAAAUGCUAUCGUUGCUGCUUCA